AUGUCGGUCCCACCCAAGUACGCAGGUCUGAAGCUCUUCCGAGCUAUUCCACCAGAGGCUCAGCACACCCUCGAGAUAUAUCUUGAUUUUGUCUGCCCAUUCUCUGCCAAGAUGUUCAAAACCUUCUAUGCCGACGGCUCCCCCGUCGCCCAAAAGUACAGCUCUCGGCUUCAAGUCAUCUUCCGGCAGCAGAUUCAGCCGUGGCACCCAUCGUCCACUCUCACUCACGAAGCUGCGGCCGCAGUUCUCCGCUUGGCGCCGGAGAAGUUCUGGGACUUCAGUGGCGCCCUGUUCAAGCACCAGAAGGAAUUCUUCGACAUCAAUGUCGUAAACGAGACGCGCAACAAGACAUAUGAGCGCUUGGCCAAGAUUGCCGGAUCGGUCGGCGUCGACGAGAAGAAAUUCCUCGACAUGCUAGUGAUCCCCGAGACUGCAGACAACCCUGACGCAUUGAACGUCGGUAAUCAAGUGACUGAUGAUAUCAAGUGGAUGACCAAGACAAACCGCGUGAUUGGAGUUCAUGUGACGCCAACCGUCUUCUUCAAUGGAGUGGAGGAGCGCGGGAUCAGUAGCAGCUUCACCGAGGCGCAAUGGAAAGAGUGGUUCGAGAAAAAUGUUGUCUGA